GGGGCCAUGGCUUCCGGCUUUUGGCGGGGCCUUUGUCUCCAGCUCCCGCUAGAGCUUGGGACCCGCCUCUGCUUUUCCGCGUCCUCCAACUCGGGAAUCCCCGGUGACUUUGUCGCAGCCUCCGUUACCCUGUGAUCUGCAAGUCCUGGGAGACGCACAGCUAAGAUGCCCGGACAUCCUGGAAGCUGGGAAAUGGUGAGUGUGCGGGGUUAGGCAUCCUGAGAGGGGACAGCAGGCUGUGAAAGUGGCGGGACCGGCCUCCUCACAGUCCGCUCCUGAGUCCUGGUCGCUGGCGCAGCUCCGCCCCAGGCCCCUCUGGCCGCAAGAUGGCGGCUGGGCCCGCAGCCGAGACUCCCGCGUCCCGCCCCAUUCCUGCGCGGUACCCUGUCUGGAGCUCUCUGGUCAGCUCUGCACCAGCAGCCCCGAGUAUUUCCCAGAUUGUCCAGGGAUGCCCGGCGGAUGAUCGGGGCAGAAUCCCGACUCGAUGUGUGCGCAGGAGGGGCUGCGGCCCUGGAGUCUUCAGUUUCUGUUGUUAAUUUUUUUUUUUUUUUUCUUGAGAGGGAAUCUUGCUAUGUCGCCCAGGCUGGAAUGUAGUGGCGCGAUCUCGGCUCACUGCAACCUCGCCUCCAGGUUCAAGCGAUUCUCCUGCCUCAGCCUUCCGAUUAGCUGGCAUUACAGGUGCGCACCACCAGGCCCGGCUAAUUUUUAUUUAUUUAUGUUUUUAUUUUUACUAGAGAUGGGGUUUCACCAUGUUGGCCAGGCUGAUCUCGAACUCCAGACCUCAGGUCAUACGCCCGCCUCAGCCUCCCAAAAGUCCUGGGAUUACAGGCGUGAGCCACCGCGCCCGGCCUCUUAGGAACAUUUCUGAAUCUCACACUCGGAGGCUGUCAAAAGUUGGAUAAUUGACUUUCAUAUGCGGGCCUGGUCCACAGGUGGGUUGGUUACUCUCAGACCAAGAUUCAGUACACGUGUGAGGCUGUGACUGCACUGAAAAGCACAGUCCGCAGACAAAAUUGUGGCUCUCUUGCAAUACCGUCAACCAUUGAGAUUGUGACUCACGUACUUAGACCCAACAUACAGGAGGUGUUGACCCUCAUACCUGGAACCUGGACAUGUGUGGAAUUUCUAAUCUCAUUCCUGGACUUUCCUGCAGGUAAGAUUGCAUGCAUCUACUAAGCACCUUAGUGAUUUGACUCUCCUGCCUUGGCCCAGCCCACAGAUGGAGAUUGUGACAUAUCGCUUGACUUUGCACCUUGAAGAUGUGACUUUUUUCCAGCUUUGGUGAUGCCCACAGAUGGCAUUGUGACACAUAGCUGGGCCCUUCACUGAGGUGAUGGGAGUCUUUUUUCUUGCCUUGGCACUGUCCACAAGGUGCAUUGUUACAUAUUGCUAAGCCCUGCUCUCAGGUUAUGUGACUCUCCUUUUUUCCUUAGUCCCUGAAUAUUUUGGACGUUAGGACAUGUUACUAGGUCUAACACCUAUACAAUAAGAGGCUCCUGCCCAGGCCCUUUCUUUUUCUUUUUUUUGUUUGUUUGUUUGAGACAGAGAAUCUCGCCUUGUCUCCCAGGCUGGAGUGCAGUGGUGCGAUCUCGGCUCACUGCAACUUCUGCCUCCCAGGUUCAAAUGAUUCUCCUGCCUCAGCCUCCUGAAGUGCUGGGAUUACAGGUGCCUGCCACCACGCCCGGCUAAUUUUUGUAUUUUUAGUGGAGAUGGGGUUUCACCAUGUUGGCCAGGCUGGUCUGAACUCCUGACCUCGUGAUCCACCUGCCUCGGCCUCCCAAAGUGCUGGGAUUACAGGUGUGAGCCACCGUGUCUGGCCCUGCCCAGGCCCUUUCUACAGAGGGCCUUGUGACAUAUCUCUGCAUCAAUCACCUAGGAGAGUGACUCUCCAUUUUUGCCUGCACUCUGCCUACAGGAAAAAUUUUGACUUAUCACUAGACUCAGGUAAUGUGUCUCUCCUGCCUGGGCCUGGACCACAGAGAGCAUUGUUAUCCAUUGCUGGGCUCAGCACCCAGGUGAUAUGACUCUGCUGCCUGUGUCCUGCUUUCAGGGGAAGUUUGUUACAUAUUCCUGGCUAAAUAUUCAGGUGAUGUGAUACUCUUGUCUGGUCUCUGCCCUCAGAAAAGACUGUGACAUAUUCCUGACCCAAAACGCACGUGAUGCGACUCCUCUCUCCCUAUUCACAGGUGGGAUUGUGAAAUAUAGCUUGGCCCAGUUCGCAGGUGCAAUUAUGACUCUUCUACCUUCAACCAGCCAGUAAGAGAGAUGCUGCCUCUUAUAGCUAGGCUUAGGGUUAUGAGUAUUAUCCUGGGUCUCUUUCUUGUACAAAUGUCAUAGAAAAUUACUUUUUUUUGAGAUGGAGUUUCGUUCAUGUUGCCCAGGCUGGAGUGUAGUGGUGCAAUCUCAGCUCACUGCAACCUCCACCUCCUGGGUAAUUUUUGUAUUUUUAGUAGAGAUAGGAUUUUGCCAUGUUGGCCAGGCUGCUCUUGAACUCCUGACCUUAGGUGAUCCACCCACCUCAGCCUCCCCAGGUGUUGGGAUUACAGGCAUGAGCUACCAUGCCCAGCUGAGAAUUACCACUUUUUUGUUGUUUGUUUGUUUUGAGACAGGGUUUUGCCCUUGUUGUCCAGGCUGGAGUACAAUGGCGAGAUCUUGACUCACUGCAACCUCCGCCUCCUGGAUUCAAGCGAUUCUCCUGCCUGAGUCUCCUGAGUAGCUGGGAUUACAGGCAUGUGCCACUACGCCUGGCUAAUUUUGUAUUUUGAGUAGAGACGGGGUUUCUCAGUGUUGGUCAGGCUAGUCUAGAACUCCCGACCUCAGGUAAUCCACCCGCCUCGGCCUCCCAAAGUGCUGGGGUUACAGGCGCCAGCCACCGUGCCCAGCCAAAUUACCACUGUUUUGAAUACUAUAUAAAUCUCUCGUGGUACAGAGAGUGUCAUUAUAGAGUUCAGCAAGCAGGUGAGAUUGUGUUUCUACUUUGCCCACCCCACCAACCGUUAGAAUUGUCACCCUCACACAGUGAUGGAGCCCACUGGUGAGGUCCUGAAUCUCAUGCACAGACACAGUCCACAGUUAAAAUUGUGGCUGUUAUAUGUGAACAUUCCGCAGGAGUUUGAAUAAUGACUCAUUUCUAAAUCUAGUUCAUAGGUGAGAAUUUUUCAAUCUGAACCAAUGAGAAGUCUACCUUCCUGAGGACAUGUUGACUCUCAUACCUGGGCUGAGGGCCAGAGCGAACACAGCUCACGAGAGAUGGAGGCUCUUAUGCACAGGUUCAAUUCGUUGGUGAAAUUGUCACUAGCGUACUUAGACCCAACAUAGAGAACGUGGUGACUCUCAUACCUAGAACUGGGACCUGUACGGGAUUAAUUGAUCACUGGACCUUUCUGCAGCUGUGGUUGUGACAUUGGCCAGCACCUGAGUGAUUUCAGUUUCCUGUCUGGUCCCAGCCCAAAGGUAAAAUUGUAGUAUAUCACUGGUCCCAGCACCUAGGUGAUAUGACUCUCCUCUUUUUAUGGGACCUCACAAAUUUUGGGUAUUGUAAAAUAGUACUGAAUCCUGCACCCAUGUUAUGUGACUCUCUCACCUGUGCCCUACAUGUUGUGCCAUAUUAUGGCACAAUAUGUCACAUUAGAAAUUGUCACAUAUGGCCGGGCAUGGUGGCUCAUGCCUGUAAUCCCAGCACUCUGGGAGGCUGAGAUGAGCGGAUCAGUUGAGGUCGGGAGUUCAAGACCAGCCUGGCCAACAUGGUGAAACCCCAUCUCUACUAAAACAAUACAAAAAUUAGCCGCGUGUGGUGGUGCAUGCCUGUAAUCCCAGCUAAUUGGGAGGCUGAGGCAAGAGAAUCACUUGAAUCUGGGAGGCAGUGGUUGCAGUGAGCCGACAUGACACCACUGCACUCCAGCCUGGGCAACAGAGCAAGACUCUGUCUCAAAAAACAACAACAACAACAACAAAUUGUUACAUAUAAGGCCGGACACAGUGGCCUCACGCCUGUAAUGCCAUCAGUUUGGAAGGCUGAGGCGGGUGCAUCACCUGAGGUUAGGAGUUCCAGACCAGUCUGAUCAAUAUGGUGAAACGUCUCUACUAAAAAAUACAAAAAUUAGCCGGGCAUGGUGGCGUGUGCCUGUAGUCCCAGUGACUCGGGAGGCUGAGACAGGAGAAUUGCGGGACAUGGAGGUUGCAGACCCAAGAUGCGCCACUACACUCCAGCCUGGGCGACAGAGCAAGACUCUGUCUCAAAAAAUAAAAAUAAAAAAGAAAUUGUUACAUAUUGUUGGGUCCAAUACCCAGGGGAUGUAACACCUUUUCUCUGGACCCUGCCUACAUGGAGCUUUGUGAUGUAACUCAAUGAUGCCCGUCAUCAUGGUGAUGUUACUUUCUCUUUUUUUUUUUGGAGACGGAGUCUCACUCUGUUGCACAGGCUGGAGUGCAAUGGUGUGAUCUUGGCUCACUGCAGCCUCCGCCUCCCAGGUUCAAGUGAUUCUUCUGCGUUGGCCUCCUGAGUAGCUGGGACUACAGGCAUGUGCCACCACACCCAGCUGAUUUUUGUAUUUUUAGUAGAGAUGGGGUUUCAGCAUGUUGGCCAGGCUGGUCUCGAACUCCUGGCCUUAAGUGAUCCACCCUCCUCAGCCUCCCAAAGUGUUGGGAUUAUAGGUGUGAGCCACCGCGCCUGACCAGUAAUGUUACUUUCUUCUCCUGCCUGGUCUCUGCUCACAGAGACCUAACAUCAAGAUGAUGUGACUCUUAUUUUUCUUAGGCCCUUCAUAUUUGUGUAUCGUGACAUAAUGCUCAGCUGAACACCUAAAGGUCGGAAGUCUCCUACCUGGGCCCUUCCUACAGGGAGCAUUGUGACAUGUCCCUGCAUUCAUCAACUAGGAGAUGUGACUCUCCUCUUCUGCCUGCACCCUGCCUACAGGGAAAAUUGAGGCACAUUGCUGUGGCCAGCAACCAGAUGCUGUGUUUUUUCUGCAUGGGUUUUUAUUACAGAAAUGAUGGUUGCCAUAUCUCUGGGCCCAGCAUCCAGGUGAUGUGACAGUCUUCUUCUGUCUGGUCCCUGCUUACAGGAACAUUGUAGCAUAUUGCUACGCCCAGCACCUACCUGAUGGGAUUUUCCCCUGGUUUUAGGUUUUGCCUGCAGCAGACAUUGUGAAAUAUUGCUAGGCCCUGCACUGACAUGUGAGUCUUCUGCCUACGAUUUGGCCACUUGGGCCAUUGUGACAUAUUGCUGGGUCCAACAGCCGGGUGAUAUAACUUUUAUGCCUGGACCCUGCCUAUGGGUGGCAUUUUGAAAUGUCUUUGCACCAGUCACACAGGUGAUUUGACUCUCUUGCCUUACCUGGUUUCUGCUUACAGGAAGUUUUGUGACAUUUUGCAGCACAUAGCUGAUUUGAUUUUUUUUUCUUAGUUUUUCCUCCAGGGAAGAUUGUGAAAUAUUGGUGAACCCAGCACCAAAGUGAUGUUACUCUACUUUUUUCUUGGCCCUGCUCACGUAAGACAUUGUGACAUGUUGCUGGGUUUUACACCCAAGCGAUGUGAGUUUCCUGCCUGGACCAUGCUUACAGAAAACAUUUUAACACAUAUCUAAGCUCAUCAACAUUUUAUUUGACUCUCCUCUUUUAUCUGGGCUUUGUCCAUAGGUCAGAUUGUAAUAUAUCUUUGAGCCUGGGUUGUGCUAACAGAAAAGAGAGUGACUUAUUGUUUGGCCCAGCACACAGGUGAUGUGAUUCUUACGCUUGGUCCCUGUUCAGGUGGUCAUUGUGACAUAACUCUGGGCCAGUCACCUAAAUAAUAGGUCUCCUUUUUAUUUCUGAAUCUGUCCACAGUAAGAAAUGUGAGAUAUCGCUUGGCCCAGCACCCAUGUGAUGUGACUCUCCUCUCAUAGCUAGGCCCUGCCCACUGUAGUGAUUGUGCUACCAGCUCCUACGUUAUCUGACUCUUGUCUUCUUCCUGAGCCCUGCAAACAAGUAGCACUAGGAAAUAUCCCUGGGCCUUUCACCUAGGUGAUGUGACUUUUCUGCCUGGGCUCUCCUUAUCCGGGUAUUGUGACAUGUUGCUGGAUGCAGCAUUUAGGUAAUGUGACUUCUUCUCUACUGCUUGGACUCUGAACAAAAAAAGAUUUAGAUGUAUCACUGGGCCCAGCACCUACAUGAUGGGACUCUUCUCUUCUCUGGGCCCUGCAUACUCUUUUUUUUUUUUUUUUUUUGAGACGGAGUUUCGCUCUUGUUGCCCAGGCUGGAGUGCAAUGGCAUAAUCUCGGCUCAUGACAACCUCUGCCUCCCGGGUUCAAGCGACUCUCCUGCCUCAGCCUCCUGAGUAGCUGGGAUCACAGGCAUGUACCACCACACCUGGCUAAUUUUGUAUUUUUAGUAGAGACAGGGUUUCUCCAUGUUGGGCAGGCUGGUCACAAACUCCCGACCUUAGGUGAUCUGCCCGCCUCGGCCUCCCAAAGUGCUAAGAUUACAGGCGUGAGCCACUGCGCCUGGCCCCUGCAUACAUAUUGUGACAUGUAGCUGGGUCUGUCACCAAGGAGUCUCCUACAUAAGCCCUGGUCACGAGAGUAUUAUGACAUAUCUUUUCAUUCAUCACCUAGGUGAUGUGACUCUUCUUCAGCCUGCACCCUGCCAAAAGAGGAUUGUGAUGUAUCACUGGACCCAGCACCUAGAUGGUGUAACUCUCAUCUUUUGCCUGGACCUUGCAUAUUUUGGGUGUGAUUGUGACACAUACCUCUGCUCAGAAUGUGAGCGAUUUGACUCUCCUGCCUGGGCCCAGUACACAGAUGGGAUUGUGACAUAUCGCUGGACCCAGCAUGUAGAUCAUGUGACCCUAUACUCUUGCCUUGGUGCUGUCGCAGAGGGCAUUGUGACAUAUCACUGGUCCCUGCACCCAGGUAAUGUGUUUCUCCUUUCUGUGCCCUGCCCAAAUGGGCUAUUGUAACAUAUUACUGGAUCUAACACCCAGAUGAUAUGAAUCUCCUACCUAGACCCUGGCUUCAGGGGACAUUUUGCCAUAUUUCUGGACCCAUCUAUUUAAUGUUACUCUUCACCUUUACAUGGGCUUUUCCCUAGGAGACGUUGUAACAUAUCUGUGCCAAGCACCUACAUGAUCUCACUCUUCUCUCCUGCCUGGGCCCUGACCACAGAAGAGGGGGUGACGUAUCACUAGGCCCUGACCACAGGUUAUGUGAUUUUUCUGCCUGGUCCCUGUCCAGAGAGGACAUUAUGACAUUUGCCUGGGCCCAUAAACUAGAUUAUAUGACUCUCCUUUUGUCUCUGAAACUUGUCCACAGUGGAGAUUUUGACAUAUCACUUUUCUCAGGAUCUACAUAAUGUGAAUUUUGUUCGAUGCCUCAGUCCUGCCCACUGGGGUGAUUGUGCCAUAUAACUAGUCUCAAUUCCUAGGUUAUGUGACUCUUCUUUAUGAGCCUUACCCACAUAGGGCAUUUUGACAUAUCUCUGGAGCCCUCUCUUAGAUGAGGUGACUGUGCUGCACGGGCCCCUUUUUUUCAGAAAAUAUUGUGCCAUAUUUUUUGACCUAGUAACAAAGUGAUGUGACCCUCGUCUAUUGCUUGGUUUCUGCCCAAGGCGGGAUUGUGAUUUUUUUUUAUUUUAUUGUUUUUUUUUUGAGACGGAGUCUCACUUUGUUGCCAGGCUGGAGUGCAGUGGCACGAUCUCAGCUCACUGCAACCUCUGCCUCCCGGGUUCAAGCGAUUCUUCUGCCUCAGCCUCCCAAGUAGCUGGGGCUACAGGCACGCACCACCAUACCUAGCUAAUUUUUGUAUUUUUAUUAGAGACAGGAUUUCACCACGUUGUCCAGGAUGCUCUCGUUCUCUUGACCUGGUGAACCACCAGCCUCUGCCUCCCAAAGUGCUGAGAUUACAGGUGUGAGCCACCAUGCCUGGCCAGGGAUUGUGAUUUUUCACUAGGCCUAGCACCUUGGUGAUGUGACUCUCCUCUCCUACUACAAGGUUUCAGGUAGAAAAGGAGAGUCACGUCACUUAGGUGAUAAACAGAAAGAUAAUGUCAUAAUUCUCCUAUUAGCAGGGCCCAUGCAGGAGAGUCACAUCACCUAGUUGUUGGACCCUGCCAUAUUUCAAUAUACACAAUUUGUUUCACCUAGGUGUUGGUGAAUUGUGUAUUGUAUAUAUUAAAAUAUGGCUAGUCCAACACCUAGGUGAUGGGACUCUCUUCACCUGCUAAUAGAGGAAUUAUGACAUGUCAUUUGUUUAUCACCUAAGUGAUGUAACUUCUACCUGAACCCUGUAAAAGGGGAGGAUUGUGACAUAUCACUGGACUCUGUAUCUAGGUGAUAUCACUCUCUUUAACCUGGGCCCCUUGUAUUGUGGGUAUUAUGACACAUCGCUGGCUCAAACCAAAUGGGUAAAGAGCUCUUGCCUGGGCCCUGUCUGUGGGAAGCACCUUGUGACAUAUCUGUGCAUCCAUUACUUUGGAGGUGUGACUCUCCUCUUCCAUCUGCACCAUGCCCACAGAAAGAUUGUGUUGCAUCUCUGGGUUCAGCAACCAGGUGCUGUGUUUGUUGUGCCCAGGCCUUGCCUGCAGAGAGAAUUGUGACAUAGCUGGGUCCAGUACCAAGUAACGUGACUUUGUUGUCUGUGCCUUGCUUUCGAGAAGGAAUUGUAACAUAACCCAGGACAGGCAACCAGGUAAUAUGACUCUCCUGCCUGGUCCUUGUCCUGAAAAAUUGUGACGUAUUUCCAACUCAGCAUGCAGGUGAUGUUACUCUCCCAUUUACUUUCUACUCACAGGUUAGAUUGUGACAUACACUUUAGCCCAGUUCACAGUUGCGAUGAUGAUACUCAUACCACAAACCAGUCCAUAGCAGAGAUACUGGUGCUGGUAGCUAGACUUAGAGAAACGGGUAAAGUCCUGGAUUACCAUUCUUUCACAUUUUGUAUAAAGUCUUUGGACGGUACAGAGAGUGUUAUCAUAGGGCCAAGCACACAGGUGAGACUGUUUCUCAAAUGCACAACCUACCAAAUGUUAGCAUUGUCACCCUCACACGAAUUUCACAUGUGAAUGGAGUCCACAGUAAAAAUUAUGACUGUCAUAUGUAAUCAUGUGACAACAGUUAAGAUGGUGACUCAUUUCUAAACCUAGCUCAUAGGCAGGUGAGAACUCUUCUCUAGACCAAGCCAAUUGGAGAGAUGUUGACUCUAAUGCGUGAGCCUAGGUCCACAGGUAUGAUUAUGAGUUUGUAUUAGAAAAAAAAGUCUCAGAGCAAAUUGUGACUAUCAUGGAUAUUGUAUAAAGCCCUCAGGUAGUAUAGAGAGUUCUAUAACAGGGCCUAGCACCCAGGUGACAUUGUGACACUCUUAUGCAAACCCAGGCAAGAGUGAAAAUUGACAACUUUCCACAUGAACACAGCUCACUGUUGAAGUUCUGAAUCUCACACCUGGAGAUGGUUGGAAAAUUGACUCUCAAAUGUGGAUUCGGUUCACACGUGGGCUGAUGACUCUCAAACCAAGAUUCAGCAUACCUGUGAGGCUGUGACUCCACUAAGGGGACACAGUCCACAGCAAAGAUGGAGGCUCUCAUGGAUGUAUCCAGUCCACCGUUGAGAUUGUGACUUGUGUACUUGGACUCAACAUACAACAUGUGUUGACUCUAAUACUUAGAAAUGGGAUGUGUGGGAUUGUUCAUUCCUACAUUUUUUUGUGACUGUGAUUGUAACAUACAGCUUUGCCCAGCACCUGAGUGAUUUGACUCUCCUGCCUGGUGCCUAGUGCACAGAUCGGAUUGUGACACAUUGCUGAAUCCAACACCUAGGUGGUGUGACUCUGUACUUUUGCCUCAGCACUGCCCACAGGGGGGCAUUGUGACAUAUCACUGGACCCCACACCCUGGUUAUGUGACUCUUCUGCCUGUGCCCUAUCUUCAUGGGCCAUUGUGGCAUUGCUAUGUGCAACAUCCAGGUGAUGUAACUUUCCUUGCUGGAUCCUGCUUGCAGGAAGCAUUAUAAUCUAUCUGCAUCCAUCACCCAAGUAAUGUGACUCUCUUUCUACCAGGUUGCUGCUUACAGAAAGAAUUGUUACCUAUCACUGGGCCAGCACCUAGCUGUUGUGAUGCUUCUUUUUCUACCUACAUUCAGCUCACAAUGUAGAUUUUGACAUACUGCUGGGCUAAACACCAAAAAUGAAGUUACGUUUUUCCUCAGCACUUUCCUCAUCAGGCAUUGUGACAUACUGUUUGGCCCAGAACUAAGGUAAUGUGAGCCUCCUGCCUGAACCCUGCCCAUAGUGGGCAUAGUGACAUAUUUGUGAACCCAUCAUCCAUAUAAUGUGACUUUCUUACUUGGGUUUUCCCUAUAGGAGAGAUUGUGACAUAUAUUUGAGCCCAGAAACCAAAUAAUUUGACCCUUCUUUCCUGCUAUGGCCAUGCUCCCAUAAAAGAGAGUGACUUAUUCCUGCGAUUAGCACACAGGCUAUGUGAUUCUUCUGCCUGGUUCCUCUCCACAGGGGUUACUUUGACAUAUCUCUGGGCCCAUUACUUAGAUGAUGUGACUCCUCUUAUUCCUGGGAUGUGUUCACAGUUUGGACCGUAACAUAUCGCUUAGUCAAGCACUUAUGUGAUGUGACUCUUCUCUCAUGCUUUGGCCUUGUCCACUGGGGUGCUUGUGAUAUGUAGCUGGGCCCAGCUCUUAGGUUAUGUGAUCUCUUGUUUUUUUUUUUUUUUUUUUUUUUUUGCCUGAUCUCUGCAUACAUUUUGUAUUGUAAUAUAUAUGGCUGGGUCCAACACCUAGGUAUUAUGAGUCUCCUGAAUGGGAUCUGUUCAGAAAGGUAUUAUGACAUAUUCUUUUUUCUUCAUCACUUAAAUGUUGUGACUCUCCUUUUUUGACUAGAACCUGCUACAGAGGAUAAUUGUGAAAUAUCACUGGACCCAGCACCUAGGUGAUGUGACUCUCCUUUUUGCCUGGGUCUCACAUAAUUUGGGUAUUGUGAAUUAUUUCUGAGACCAACAUCUAGGGGAUGGGAAGCUCCUUUCUUGACCCUAACCACAGGAGCUUUGUGACAUAUCUCUGCAUCCAUGAUCUAAAUAUGUGAUUCUGUGUUUCUGCUUGCACCCUGCUAACAGAGAAGAUUACGACAAAUUUCUAAGUGCAAUGUAUCUUGUUUAUCUUGUGCUGACCUCCUAUCUCAUCCUGUGACUAAGAAUGCCUAACCUGGGGAGGCAGCCAAGUAGGUUUCAGCAUAUUUCACACAGCUGCUAUUCAAGAUUGAGUUGCUCUGGUUUGAAUGCCUCCAACAUUAAGAUCCACUAUAAAAUUACGAAAAAAGUCUAGAGUAAAUGAGAAUUAAAUUAGGAUGGGCUAUUUUAUCCUGGGUGCGGUGGCUUACUCCUGUAAUCCCAGCACGUUGUGAGGCCAAGGCGGGCGAAUCACCUGAGGUCAGGAGUUUGAGACCAGCCUGGCCAACAUGGGGAAACCCCGUCUCUACUAAAAAUACAAAAAUUAGCCAGGUGUGGUAGCGCACAUCUGUAAUCCCAGCUACUCGGGAGGCUGAGGCAGGGGCAUUGCUCGAACCCAGGAGGCGGAGGUUGCAGUGAGCUGAGAUUGCACCACUGUACUCCAGCCUGGGUAAUAGAGCGAGACUGUAUCUCCAAAAAAAAAAAAAAAAAAAAAAAAAAAAUUAGAAUGGGCUAUUCUGAAAGAUGUAGCAAUAAUUAUAUUUGUGUUUAUGAGUUUUUUUUAUUAACCUCUACACUUGAUAAUGAAAGAGGUUUCCACUGUUAAAGGAAAAUAAAUCUCUUGAUGCCAAAAUUACUAAGCCACUAGAAAAGUUAAGUUGAGAACUAUGUCAGGCAAACCUGCCUCCCAUUUUAUUUCUAAAUAAGAUAGCUACAAAGAUAAAAAAGCUACAUACUUUCUUUACAAUUAGCCAACAAGGAAAUUCCUUGAGAACCAAAGACAGACAGAACUCAGAGUCAUUUCUCUGAGCCUCGCCUGAGACAAAUGCACAUCUGAUUGCUUCCUCUGCAGUGCUGUUAAUUUAGAUAUGCAGAUUCACUGAGCCAGACUAAAUUGUAUUCAGCUGAAUGCUUAUCAAGGACUCAAGAAUCCAGACUUUUAUCUCUUAUUUACUUAUGACCUGGAAGCCCUCACCUCAAGUUGUCCUGCAUUACUGGAUCAAACCAAGAAAGAGAGAGAGGAAGAAGGAGGUGGAGGAGGAAAAAGGGACCAUUGACAUUUAUGGAUGUGGCCAUAGAAUUCUGUCUGGAGGAGUGGCAAUGCCUGGACACUGCACAGCAGAAUUUAUAUAGGAAUGUGAUGUUAGAGAACUACAGAAACCUGGUCUUCCUAGGUAUUGCUGUCUCUAAGCCAGACCUGAUCACCUGUCUGGAGCAAGAAAAAGAGCCUUGGGAGCCUAUGAGGAGACAUGAAAUGGUAGCCAAACCCCCAGUUAUGUGUUCUCAUUUUACCCAAGACUUUUGGCCAGAGCAGCAUAUAAAAGUUCCUUUCCAAAAAGUGACACUGAGAAGAUAUAAAAACUGUGAACAUAAAAAUGUACAUUUAAAAAAAGACUGUAAAAGUGUGGAUGAGUGUAAGGUGCACAGAGGAGGUUAUAAUGGAUUUAACCAAUGUUUGCCAGCUACCCAGAGCAAAAUAUUUCUAUUUGAUAAAUGUGUGAAAGCCUUUCAUAAAUUUUCAAAUUCAAACAGACAUAAGAUAAGCCAUACUGAAAAAAAACUUCUCAAAUGCAAAGAAUGUGGCAAAUCAUUUUGCAUGCUUCCACAUCUAGCUCAACAUAAAAUAAUUCAUACCAGAGUGAAUUUCUGCAAAUGUGAAAAAUGUGGAAAAGCUUUUAACUGCCCUUCAAUCAUCACUAAACAAAAGAGAAUUAAUACUGGAGAGAAACCCUACACAUGUGAAGAAUGUGGCAAAGUCUUUAAUUGGUCCUCACGCCUUACUACACAUAAAAAAAUUUAUACUAGAUACAAACUCUACAAAUGUGAAGAAUGUGGCAAAGCUUUUAACAAGUCCUCAAUCCUUACUACCCAUAAGAUAAUUCGCACUGGAGAGAAAUUCUACAAAUGUAAAGAAUGUGCCAAAGCUUUUAACCAAUCCUCAAACCUUACUGAACAUAAGAAAAUUCAUCCUGGAGAGAAACCUUACAAAUGUGAAGAAUGUGGCAAAGCCUUUAACUGGCCCUCAACUCUUACUAAACAUAAGAGAAUUCAUACUGGAGAGAAACCCUACACAUGUGAAGAAUGUGGCAAAGCCUUUAACCAGUUCUCAAACCUUACUACACAUAAGAGAAUCCAUACUGCAGAGAAAUUCUAUAAAUGUACAGAAUGUGGUGAAGCUUUUAGCCGGUCCUCAAACCUUACUAAACAUAAGAAAAUUCAUACUGAAAAGAAACCCUACAAAUGUGAAGAAUGUGGCAAAGCUUUUAAGUGGUCCUCAAAGCUUACUGAACAUAAGUUAACUCAUACUGGAGAGAAACCCUACAAAUGUGAAGAAUGUGGCAAAGCCUUUAACUGGCCCUCAACCCUUACUAAACAUAACAGAAUUCAUACUGGAGAGAAACCCUACAAAUGUGAAGUAUGUGGCAAAGCCUUUAACCAGUUCUCAAACCUUACUACACAUAAGAGAAUUCAUACUGCAGAAAAACCGUACAAAUGUGAAGAAUGUGGCAAAGCUUUUAGCCGGUCCUCAAACCUUACUAAACAUAAGAAAAUUCACAUUGAAAAGAAACCCUACAAAUGUGAAGAAUGUGGCAAAGCUUUUAAGUGGUCCUCAAAGCUUACUGAACAUAAGAUAACUCAUACUGGAGAGAAACCCUACAAAUGUGAAGAAUGUGGCAAAGCUUUUAACCAUUUCUCAAUCCUUACCAAACAUAAGAGGAUUCAUACUGGAGAGAAACCCUACAAGUGUGAAGAAUGUGGCAAAGCUUUUACCCAAUCCUCAAACCUUACUACACAUAAGAAAAUUCAUACUGGAGAGAAAUUCUACAAAUGUGAAGAAUGUGGCAAAGCUUUUACCCAAUCUUCAAACCUUACUACACAUAAAAAAAUUCAUACUGGAGGAAAACCCUACAAAUGUGAAGAAUGUGGCAAAGCUUUUAACCAGUUCUCAACUCUUACUAAACAUAAGAUAAUUCACACUGAGGAGAAACCCUACAAAUGUGAAGAAUGUGGCAAAGCCUUUAAGUGGUCCUCAACCCUUACUAAACAUAAGAUAAUUCAUACUGGAGAGAAACCCUACAAAUGUGAAGAAUGUGGCAAAGCUUUUAAACUGUCCUCAACCCUUUCUACACAUAAGAUUAUUCAUACUGGAGAGAAACCCUACAAAUGUGAAAAAUGUGGCAAAGCUUUUAACCGAUCCUCAAACCUUAUUGAACAUAAGAAAAUUCAUACUGGAGAGCAACCCUACAAAUGUGAAGAAUGUGGCAAAGCAUUUAACUAUUCCUCACACCUUAAUACACAUAAGAGAAUUCAUACUAAAGAGCAACCCUACAAAUGUAAAGAAUGUGGCAAAGCUUUCAACCAAUAUUCAAACCUUACUACACAUAACAAAAUUCAUACUGGAGAGAAACUCUACAAACCUGAAGAUGUGACAGUGAUUUUGACAACACCUCAAACUUUUUCAAACAUAAAAUAAAUUAUACUGGGGAGAAAUUCUAGAAAUGUAAAGAAUGUGAUAAAGGCUUUACAUGGUUGUCACACUUGAUUGUAGGUAAGAUAAUUUACAUUGGAGUAAACUUCUACAAGUGUGAAGAAUGUGGCAAAACUUUUAAUUAAUGCUCAUACCUUAUUGCACAGGAAAGAAUUUUUACUUGGAAAAAGGUAUAUACACAAAGAAUGUGGAAAAGCCAUUAAUAUGUGCUCAUAUCUUACUCAACAUCAGAGAGUCUGUACUUAAUAAAACCAUUAUAGAUGCAACUAGUGUCAAAAGAUCUUUCAGAAAAUAAAAGCCUUUAAAGUGAAGAAGAUAAUUCAUUCUGAAGACAAACAUAACAAAUAUUAAGAGGGUUGUAGUACCAUUACUUGCAUCACAGAUCUUAUUGUACACAUUUUGUACUAAAGAAAACCCUGAAGCAGUUGCUCAAAUACUGUUCAACAUCAGAAAAUUUAUAUUGGAAAAAAACCCCUGGAAAAUGUAAUAAAUUUGUAAAAGCAGUUUUGAAAAACUACAGCUUAUAAAACAUGAGGGUCUAUAAUACUUGGUUGAUAGUACAAAGUUUAUUCAACAUCAGGGAAUUUAUAUUGGAGAAAAACCCUACAAAUGUAAUCAGUUUGGAAAAACAUUUUUUAAAAAACCACAGCACAGAAAACACCAGAGGGUUCAUACCAAAAUAUGUUUUUGCAGAUGCAGUAAAAAUGAAAAAAAUUUAAUCCGAAAUUAAGUUUAUGUAAAUAUCUGAGAAUUCACAGUAGAAAUAUCUAAGGCAUGGACACUUCAGACAUUACACUAAAUCAGUGCUAAGUACAGAAAACAACACAAAACUUGGUGGAUAAAUUAUUGGUAUAUAACAUUAAAAGAAGUAGAAGAUUUUCAGUUAUAAUUACAAUUAAAGCAUACUUUUAUCUUGAAAAAAUUACUGAUUUUUAAAUUAGUGAAUAAUGAUGUAAUUAAACUCUCAAAUAACUUUAUGCUCUUUUUUCAUUCCUGCUGUAUUCACAUGUGAAAGCAUGUGACCAAUUGUUGCUGCACCAAAGAUAUGAGAGAUUCUUUUAUUAGGUGGGCAUUAUUUAAAACAUUUUUUAUGGAACAGUAAGGAUAUUAAAGUGUAAGAUGCAGCCAGGCAUGGUGGCUCAUGCCUAUAAUCCCAGCACUUCGGGAGGCUGAGGCCGGUGGAUCACCUGAGGUCAGGAGUUUGAGACCAGCCUGACCAACAUGGUGAAACCCUGUCUUUACUAAAAAUACAAAAAUUUACCAGGCACCUAUAAUCCCAGCUACUUCAAAGGCUGAAGCAGGAGAAUCACUUGAACCUUGAAAGUGGAGGUCUCAGUGAGCCGAAAUCAUACCAUUGCACUCCAACCUGGGCAACAAAAGGCAAACUCCAUCUCAAAAAAAAAAAAAAAAAAAAAAGAUGC